AUGAUCGGCCGACUCUCCGCACGGACAUGUCUCAUCACUGGCUCCUCGUCAGGGCUGGGGCGCGCCAUUGCACGCAGAUUCGCAGGUGAAGGCGCAAACAUCGUCUGUGCAGAUCUAUCUCCCAAAGCAGGAGCACUUUUACCCGGAGAGGACGCUCGUCCCACGCACGAAGUCAUCGCGGCGCAAGGUGGAAAGGCGAUCUUUGUCAAAUGUGACGUCUCGGAACCUGAACAUAUGAAGGCAGCGGUGACGACAGCUGUCAGGGAAUUCGGCCGACUUGAUGUCUUGGUCAACAACGCCGGAAUAUCCUAUGAGGCGCGUCGAGGGUUCCGCCAAAUGCACGAAACCGACCUGAACGAGUUUGACGACACCCUUCGCGUCAAUGUGAGAGGUGUUUUUCUGGGAUGCAAAUACGCCGUGGAGCAGAUGUUGACGCAGACACCGAAAUUCGGGUCCGAUCGUGGAUGGAUCAUCAACAUCGCGAGUGUUUUGAGCUUUGGCGGAAUGCCUGGGUCCAUCAGCUACGUUGCCAGCAAAGGCGCAGUCAUGCAAAUGACAAAAACGAUUGCUCUUGAAUAUGCCUCCAAGGGUAUUCAUUGCAACGCCAUCUGUCCGGGAUUCACCAUGACAACCCUUCUAGGUCCGCUCUUGGAGGAAGAUGGGAAAAGUCAGCUGGAAGAGAUCUCUGCUAAGCACCCCUUGGGGGGGAUUGGAAAGCCUGAAGACAUUGCAAAAGCAGCCGUGUUCCUUGCCAGUGACGAUGCUGCAUGGGUGACGGGGAUCCCGCUCCCCGUUGAUGGAGGAUAUCUCGCCAGAUGA